AUGAGUGAUAAUUGUGAAGGAGAUAGAAAUAGUGGCCACAAUGAAUAUGGAGGAGCAAGCUCCACAGAGAGAAAUAAUUUGGGCAGAAAACAUACUCGUUAUACCAGUGAUCAAGUUGAAGUAAUGGAAGAAGUGUUUAAGAUGUUGCAACAUCCUGCCAAAAAGAACAGACAAGAACUAAGCACUAAACUGGGUCUCACAUCACAGCAAAUUAAAUUCUGGUUUCAAAACCGGCGCACCCAAGUAAAGAUUGAAAAACUGAAAGCAGUUGCCUCGAAUUGUGUUGGAAGAACAAUCGCCUUGUUAGAAACCAGAGAUGAAUCCUCGGCAAUGCAAGCUGGACAAAAGGCCACUGAAGAAUUUAUCUGGAUGGUAGACGCAAACGAGCCUGUUUGGGUGAAGAAACCUUUUGUGGAUAGUACAAUAGAAAUUUUGAAUACGAAUGAGUUGUACGGAACAUUUCCUCAGGGCAUGGGGCUCAGCAGCAACAUGAAGAAAGAAGGCAGCAGGGACACCUCAAUUGUUUCUAUCACAAGAGCUGAAUUGGUUGAUCUCUUCAUGGAUGUGAUUGACAUAACUUAG